CUUCGCUGCUAGACUCUCCUCGCUCACGCUCGCCCUCUCCCAGGCUGCUUCCCAUGGCAUUUGCUCUGCGGCCGGAGCCUAUCCACUAACCGAGAAACUUUUCCAGCCGUUUCUUCUCCCCACCCCCUUCCAGGAGAGGAACUUCCAGGAGAAGUUCCAAGAACUGGUACCACCAGUGUCACUUGGGUACUCGCCGGUGAGUUCCCAGUCUCAGCCAUGUGCACCAACAUAGUUUACGAGUGGCUGAAAGCGUUACAGCUCCCACAGUACGCGGAGUCCUUCGUGGAUAAUGGCUACGAUGACCUGGAAGUGUGCAAGCAGAUCGGAGACCCGGACCUGGACGCCAUCGGGGUACUGGCUCCAGCGCACCGCCGGCGCAUCCUGGAGGCUGUGCGCAGGCUACGGGAGCAGGACGCGGCCGCCGCCGGCCUCUACUUCACGCUCGAACCUCAGCCGGUGCCGCCAGCAACGCAGGUGGACGCGGUGCCACCAGGCCGCCGGGGGGAGUCAUGUGGAGGCUUAGCCCAGGGCACUCGCGGGGACCCCCGUGGCCAGACGAGCGCUCCCCGCAGCAGGGAGCUGGUGAGUUACCCCAAGCUGAAGCUGAAGAUCAUGAUCCGGGAUAAACUGGUCCGCGAUGGUAUCCACCUGAGCAAGCCCCCAUACUCGCGCAAGGUCCCCAUGGCCGGCAUCCUAGCGUACUUAAUGAAUUGGCCGAAGUCAUCACAGAACCGCUAGCUAUCAUUUUUGAGAGCCCGUGGAGGACUGAUGAGGCGCUGGAGACUGGAAAAGGGCAUAUUUAGAAUCUCCUUUCACAAAGGGAACUGGAUGGUGACUCUGGAAACACUCACUCAUCAGCUUAAAUUUUUGCUUGGAAAGUUCUGGAAUAACCAACGUAGUAAGCUGAAUAACUUACGUGUAGCUAGUAGUAAGGCAGCGAUGUGCUGCCCAAGAAAAUCCAUUGAACUUGGUUUAAAAGGACACUCCAUGCGGGACGAAGUUCAAUACAUCUCUUGGAAUUUCUCUCCUUUGCUCUUUGGAGUUUUCAUUGUAAUAGAUGGGGUUGAUUAAGACUUGUGGGUAAUUACUAAUUUUAAGUAUACCAUACCAAAAAGGUUUCUUACAAUAGCCAAUUAAUUAUAUCACUUUCAAGUUAGCAUCUAUCUUAAGAACAGUAACUUUCAUUUUAUAUUUUAACAUACAAGUUAUUCUACUUUGGCUAGAGCUCUGUUUUUAUUAAGUUAUGAUAUGUCGUAUAAUCCUACAUAAACUAGUUUGGUGAAGGAACUCUUACUUUAGGUGCUUCAUAUAGUGCAUUCACAUAUAAAUAGAAGCACAAUACUGACAGUUUAAGGAAGAAAUUCUUUUCUAACUUUUUAAAUUUAAUCUGGUGGUGGUAUGCUGUUCCAUUAGGACUGUCAUGUCCUGACAUGAUAUUGAACACAUGAGUUGUUUCAUUCUUCCUUGCCCGCAGCCCCCCCCCCUUCCCAAGUUGCCUUGUAUCAUCUCCCCCUCUUCAGUAGGCUCCUAAAUCUAGUUUGGGGGUGGGGACAUGACCUGUGGCAGUAGGCAAGAGGAGCCUUGUCCAUGGACCGGUACUUGAGGAAGACAGAGGGAAAUGGGUGGGAGUAAAGAAAUUAACAUGAAUCUGGAGUUUUGGGGUUUGUUUUGUUUUUUCAUAUCUCACCAUUAUUCCCUUCGGAUGUUGUUAGUUUGAUUUUCUGCUAAGAAAAUGCAACAGUGAAGAUGUGGGCUGAUCUUAGAUGAGAGAAGUCUAUGGGAGAUUAAACAAUGCCAGCAAGCUGCUGGGGCUGGCAAGUUUAGAGAGCCCCUCAGCUGUCCUGUAUUGCGGAAUUGUCCCUUCACCACUCAGAAGUACAUCAAAGAUGCAAGCUUAUGUCACUAAAAUUAUGGACAAGAACAGGAAACCUUUAAAGGCAAGAGAUUGGCAUUCACCUUGUCUCUAGGAACAGGUAGGCAAUUAAGAAGGGAUAAGAUUUCCAAAAGCAUUCAUGGCACAGUACUGUUUUUAAAAUCUAAAAUUUAAACACUUGAGCUGCCUUCAGAGAUGAAUUUAGCCCUCUGAAAAGCCUUUCUCAAGACUAAAUACAGGUGUAAGGAAAUUAACUCCCAAGAGCAUGUUGUAAGUGGCUCCUUCUAUAAUAUAAUCAACUACUUUGUCACCUUUUCAAAUAAGCUGGUCUUUAAGCUACCUGUGAGACUGUUUUUUUGAAGAGGUGUGGGUGUCUGCAUAGAGCACUGAUAUGAUUUAUUGUGAUAAUGAAUUGCUUCCUGGUUGAGACCUCAUUUCCAGGUGCCACAUCUGUGACAGAUUUAUUUCACAGAUGUCCAUUUGCAUGCAUUUGUUGAACUGCGGCUAGUAAGGACCCAAUUUCUGAAAAAAAAUCUAUUAUUUACCCUAGAGGCAAUAAGAAUAAAAUCAACUGCAACCGAAAAGGGUUCUUACAUCCUUUCAAGUUUUAUUUUCCAUUUGAAUGAUGUCCGACUUCAAUUAUUGGGCUGAAUUUAAAUCUUGUCUCGAUGCCACAAUUGGAAUUCGAAAUUAACAAUAACCUACCUAAAUUAUGAGUCACAAUUUAAGAUGGUAGAAUAGCCAGUGGGUCUGAAAGGUUUAUUGGGUAAAGAGAGGAGAAUAAAACUCUAUGGAUAGAAUCAGUGAGAAGAAGCUUGCUGGCUUUUCCUGUGCAUUAAAUCAAAAUGAGGUAAGACAGCAUAGCACAGGAACUCUGCCCUUGAAUUGUUCUAUAGGGACUUAUCUUUAGAAAGAGUCAAUUUAUCAGCAUGUCUUUUCCUUUUAUCUAAACACUGGUGAUUUCAUUAAUAUCUGAAUGUGAAAGAUGAAAAUAUGAUAACAGCAAGACUCACGUCUUGAUAUGUCGAUUCAUAGCCCCUCCCCCCAAUUAAGUUGUAAGCGACAGGGUCUUAUUUUAUAAUAUUGAGAGGCUUAGAGAAUCACAGAAAAAUUUCUUCAUCUUAAAAACAUUUGAGUGUAUGAAGAAAUCUAACUCAUGCAAAAUAUUGUUUCGUCAAAUAGGGCGGCACACAUCUGUAAUCCCAGCCAAAUUCCAAGUUUGAGGCCAGCCUGGGCUAUGUAAUGAGAAUUCUGUCUCAAUAAACAAAUCAGAACAAAACAGAAUAAAAUAGAUGGGACUAUGGAGAAAGCUCAGCUAAUCAAGUUUGUGCCAUGAAAGCAUGAGGACCAAUGUUUGAGCCCUAGAAGCUACCACGUGAAAAAGUCAGGUGUAGCCAUGUGCACUGGGAAGGACAAGACAACAGACCCCUGAGGCUUGCUGGCUGGUCAUUCUAGCCUACUUAGUGAGCCAGUCACAGGCCAAUGAGGGCCCUGUGCCAAAACAAUCAAAAUAGAAAAAUCAAAACAAGAUGUGCCUGUAGAGGAACACCUGAAGCUGACCCUGGCCUACACAUGACUAUGUAUGUGUACACUCACGCGUGAACACACACACACACACACACACACACACACACACACACACGAAAACACAAUUAGGGAGAGAGGAAGAGAAGGAGGGAGGGAGGAAAGAGAGAUAUUUCUGGACAUAAAGAAAAUAACAAUUUAAGAAAAAAGUAAAGCCUAAAAUCUCAGAAGCAAAUUUAUAGCCAUAUAAGAUUGUAGUUUCUCAGUCCAGAAGAUCAAGUAUUUUUUUUAGACCAGAAAAGUUUGCAUCAUGGUUGAUAAUUUUGAACUACGGGAGGACAGUGAGCAUGAGGGUUUCCUUUGAAAUUACUCAAAUCACAGUUCAAAUUCUAGAAUUAUCCCAGUAGUGCUUUCUUGAGUCAACGCUCCAAGGUGCACAAACUCUACUGUAGCUUGAGGAACCAUUGCAAAUAACACUGAAACUUAAAGCUUCUUUUCUUUCAUCCAUAAAAUGGCAAAAACAAAUAUCCCCUCCACUUAAGGGGCUUAGGAGUUCUGCACCUUAUAUCUAUUCUCAGUCCUUGGCUCAGACAUGGCAUCAGCAAGCACUGACUGUCUCUCUCCCUACCCCUUCCUGAAAAGCAGUUAUUUUCUUUAUCUCCUUUUAUGUGGAAGAGAUUACUUAAGACCAACUAGAGAAUCAAGUAUAUAUUGACAUGUUAUGCUGUUGUUCAUUAAAAAAGGCCUUUUGCUUUUUUGGGGGGGCUACCCCAUGUUAUCAUACUAGGAAUUCAAUGAAUGAUUAGUAGCGGAAUGAAGAGAGUUUGAUUUAACAAUUGCCUAGGGAGAUGGCUUAACCAGUGAGAUGCUGCCCUUUGAAGCACACAGAGCUGAGUUAGGUCCCAGAAUCCUCAUUUAGAAAGGACAAGUCUUUGUAAUUCAUUGCUGGAGAGGUGGAGACCAUUGGACCCUUGGAGCUAGCCUGGCCUACUUGAUGAGCUCCAGGUCAGUGAGGGACCCUUGUCUUUCUCUCACAUGCCCAUAACGUAGAUAGCAUCUGAGCUACAAUAUCUGAGGUUUUCUUUUGACCUGCACACACACCUCCUGCACUAACACACACACACACACACACACACACACACACACACACACACACACAUACACACACACUAGAAAGGGUUCAAAUUCAUAAAGGCCAGCACUUUUCUCUUCUGGAGAAACUGACUUAUGGACACGCAUGUAGCUAUUUUGUCAGCAUUCCUGUUUCUAUAACAGCACCAGGUCUAUAAAUUCAGGGUGUGAAUGUGGCAUAUGUGCAGACUCUUGGUUUCAUGGCUGUCUUGCACAGUGAGUGCGAGUGCUUCCCCUCAGUGCUGCAUCUGCAGUGGGUCUGGCCAAAGGAUUACGCAGAUAAUGAGGAGCCAGCCAGCUCUUUUGUAAGCUGUGAAGAGGAGCCAGUCAUACCAGUGAGCAGAAACAGCAUUGACACCAGCCUGUCUGAGUAUUUUAUCAUUUAGAGCCCAAGUGUUAUAAACAGUUCCCUUGAGUAGAGGGGUUGAAAAAGAACAGAAAAAAGAAGCUAAAGAAGUUAAAAUCUGGGGGAAAUGCUCCACUCAUAUCCAAUAUGAGUAAUAUCUAAGUUGUUAUAAAAAUAGCUUGUCCAGGCAGAAGAACUACUUACUUUCAAGGGUGUAAGGGAAUAAGAAUAGAACAUUGGAGCCAGGGAGAUAAAAAUGAAGACCCAAUCUCCCAUCGCCAGUCUUAGUCCCAACCAAGUAGCAAAAAUUGGAAAAUUUUUGCAUGAGAUAAGCUGGUAAGUAGAAUAAACCCAAGGGGUGUGUACAUAGAUGCUUUACUAAGUAACACCAGGUUGCUCAGAGCAAAGUUAGGCUUUGGUUUCUAGAACUUUCUGAUUUUACUUUUAUAAUGAGUCUUACCUUAGCUUUGGUUUCUAGAACUUUCUGAUUUUACUUUUAUAAUGAGUCUUACCUUAACUUUGGUUUCUAGAACUUUCUGAUUUUACUUUUAUAAUGAGUCUUACCUUAGCUUUGGUUUCUAGAACUUUCUGAUUGUACUUUUAUAAUGAGUCUUAACCUUAAUUAUAUAUUCCUACAUCAGAUAGUCGACAAUGCUGCAGCUUUGUGUUAAUUUCUAAUGAGAUAAAAAACCAGUGGCUUCCUUUCAUAAACACUAAUCACAGUUGGAUAUUCUAUUAAAUG